CACACCCCCAGUCGCCUACACCACCCGCGACGUGUUGUACUGCUGGAACACUGCCCACCAGGUGGUCACGGCGCCUGACCUAAUCCUGUCCUAGUUUGACCUGAUUGCCACGCCCUCAGGCUUCUAAAACACUACGCAACGGACCGAGUGCCUUGAGGAGGUGCGGGCGUGACCUUCUGUUCUGUUGUGGACUUUUCUCCCUGACACCAUGUUAAGCCAAGGCAACAUAAGUUCUGCAGGGAAUUGUGAGCGGCGCAACGCCAUCCCUGUCAUCUACACCAGCGGAACAUACUACGAAGUGGGCUUUGAUGUGGGACGCACCUUCCGGGGCCUCAUCCAGGAUUAUCUGGCGUCGUCCGUGUGGCUCCGGGAAACACUUCUUCCAGCUUAUGAGACAGAGGCUGGGCGGGCCGCCUAUGACGAAACCCUUCCAGUCUUGAAGGAGAACUUUCCACAGUACCUCAGGGAGCUGCAGGGCACGGCAGAUGGGGCUCAAGUUCCCUUCCUCCACCUGGUCCUGCUGCACAUGGACAGGAUCAUGACCAUGGCGGGCCAGGUGGAGCAGCAGCCGUGCAGCAGUGACCUCAACGGCUGUUCCGACCUCAGCAUCAACAGGGAAGACCAGGUGUUGCUGGGCCACACAGAAGACACAUUCGAAGAGAUGAUGAACUACCUGUACCUCGUGUCCGCCACCAUCAGCGAGGAGGCGCCGGAGGGGAGGUUGGGCACGCGGACAGAGAGCUUCACGGCACUCUGCUACUCCGGACACCUGCCGGGAGUCUGCCUCGGCUACAACCGCCACGGCCUGGUCUCCGCCAUCAAUGAUAUCGUCCCUCUGAAGGUCUUCCCCGCCAGGACCCCGCCUCAUUUCCUUUGCCGGGCGCUGCUGAGCGCCACGUCCGUGGAGGCGGCGCACGACAUCCUGAGGGACCGCGGGACUGGAGGAGCCGACGGCUUUGGCGUCAACAUGAUCUUCAUGAGGCCGGAUGGUGGUCACGUCUUCCAGAACGUGGAGGUGGGGACGGCCGGGGCUGGGGAUGAGAACCCGCUGUCCAUUGUGACGCUGAGUGUCGGCGAACACUACUUCCACGCCAACAGGUACCUUCACCUGACAGGCAUCCCGGAGAAAGUGGUCCUCCGAGGCCAGCAGCGAGCACCGAGAGGUCCGCGCAAGCCAGUUCCAGCCCCCAAAAACCUGGCGGAUCUGCUGGAGGUGCUAUCAGACACCAAAGACCCUGUGUUCCCCAUCUUCAAGGAGAAACCCCAACUGACCCCAGCUCGACCCUGGCCCUUGCUCAUGGAAAUAUGCACCUUGCCUGACCUUGACCUUUGA